AUGAGCCCGAGAUGUUAUAAAGCUUUGGGUUUGACUUUUUCGUCUGCUUUGUAUGAGUCGACGUAUGGAAUGCGCCAAGACAUGACUUUGUAUGCCAUGGCACUGAGAGAAAGACACAGGAGAAUUCCUCUUUUAGGAAGACCUAGUAGCUCAGGAUCUCUGACGUUUCAUGUCUGUGCCUUUGAUCACAUACUUUGUCCGCUCGAAGGCUCAUGCUCGAUCCUCUUUCAUUGGAUACAGGGAUUUCGUUCGCUCACGGCUCGUUCGCAAUGGAACUGGGAAAAGAGAAAGAAAUGGAGUGAAGAGCUUCGUUGA